ACCUACCGUACCGUUCACAUUCCUUCUUCCCACACGCGCAGCAGCAACCAUUUGGGACUUGCUUUUUCCCAUUGCUGUUGCUUUUUGCCUUUCUACGCUCUACACCAUUUUAACUUGUUGCUUCUUCUUUCUCGCCUCACCUUCAACAGCUGCUAGGUAUUCUAACUUAAUUGCGUCUCUCCACGACUCGCGCGCACACCUCUUCCCUUUAUCUCUGAUACCCCGACUACCUUACAGUACGUUCGUCAUUGAAGCCAUCACCGUGCACACGCACUUGGGCGAUUGGCAGUCAACCCAAGGUUUCGGCUUUGGCACGUGCUAAUCAAGAGCUACUCCAGUUCGGACCAAGCACAUUUCCAACCACCAACCGCCGAGGAACACACACCACACACACCACGGAAGCACGCACUAUUCCCACGACCACGAUACUAGAACGACUACACCCUCUCCAAGGCCUCGAUUCAAGUAACCGACACAAGUCUCUGCUGGCGUCGCUCCUGUCUCCCAUCAGGCGCCUCAUCGCAGCCAUCCACUACCACCAUCCCAUCUCGCGAUAAUGGCCUCUGCCGCGGCCUCGUCGUCGCGGCCAGGCCCGACUGCAGCCUCUCGUCCCGCGCAAACACCGAGCCCCCGGCCCUCCGCAGGUGGCCCUUCUUCGCGACCGCCGCCCUCGCGCAAUAGCAUCACCGAUCCCAUCCUCCGAAACACCCUGCGAUACACAAUCUCCGCCAAGGAGUAUGCCACCCUACACAAGUACGUCUUGUCGCGCUCGCGGCUGCUUAAGAGGGCUGCGCCGAGCGUCACCGCUGUCGAGCGCAUCGUCGAUGGUGACAAGGCCGCUGUCGCAAGGCAAGGAAAUGCUGCUCCCGCCGCUCCUGCUGGUGCUGGGGCCGGUCCUGGGAGGGCUGUUGAUGAUUACAAUGCCCGCGCCGUGAGGCAUUCCCUUCGCGUCUUCUUGGGAACAGCCAUGGCCUUGAAGGGCUGGGCUCUCAUUUCUACCAAAUUCCUGGGCGGAAAGCCAGAUCCCAACGCCAAAAAGCAACCCCUCCACAAGUCACCUACCCUCCGACUCUCCCUCUCCCUUUCAGCUAUCCUCCUCCUUUACCGCAUCCUCUUCCGAUUCCUUAACCGCCUACGAGCGCACCUACUCGACCCAUCAGCGGCGCCCUUCCGCCAGCGCAACCCGCGCACAACUGCGACCUUGACGUCCCCAUUCGCUCCGGCCAUUGGCGCCUCUCUCGCUGGUGCAUUCCUCGGCGUCUACCCCGCCCAGCAGUUGCGCGUCACCAUUGCCAUUUACACCUUGUUCAGAGCCCUCGAAUUCGGCUGGAAUCUGUGUGAAGAGGAGGGCAUGAUUUGGGGCUUCAAGAACGGUGGAAAGAUCAAGAGGGAGAGACCCUGGUGGUGGGGCAGCUGGCUCAUCCAGCCCUUUGCCUUUGGACAGCUGCUUCAUGCUGUUGUCUUUGACCGAGAUUGCUUCCCUGAGUCGUAUGGAAACUUCAUUUUCAAAAACUCAACGGCGUACAUCCACCCUAGGCCAAAUGACUACCCAUCUCAUCUCAAGUGGCCCAAGGCUAUGGAGAUUGUCGACAACCUUGCCCAGAUGGCGAAGCUGAACUGGCCACCUUUUGUAUCACCAACUCUCUUCCCGAAUAAGGAGACACUGCCACCAACGCUCAGUGCUGUUGCACCUCUUACUUCAUCAGCACAUCCCAUCAUCACUUCGCUAUCAUGCGCUACUCUUCAUCCGUCCGACCCAUCUUGUCUACGGACCUACCUCAACUUCUGGCUCGGUUCUUUCCCCGGCCUCACCAAGUUCUUCCUGGUCAUUUAUUCCGUCAUGACCUUCGUUCCGCGGUUCCGCUCGCUGUACAACGCUCCCGUCACGACAUUGCAGCGCGUCAUUGCCAAGUCGUUGCGCAUGAGCACCUUCUUGACCGGUGCAAUCUCCACUGCCUGGGCCAGCAUCUGCUUCUUCCAACAGUGGUUCCCUCGCACGUUCCUGCCGACUCAGAGGUUCUUUUUUGGAGGCUUCCUUGCCGGUCUCUGGGCGUGGGUGGAGCGCAAGAGCGGACGCGGUGUCUUCUUGUACUCGGCCCGCGUGAGCGUCGACUCUCUAUGGAAGGUCGGCGUCAAGAGGAGGUGGUGGAAGGCCAUGAAGGGCGGAGACGUAUGGGUCUUUGUCAUGGCGCUGAUGCUGACCGGUGUUGUCUACGAAAGAGAUGCGAGGGCUGUCAAGGAGGGCAGCUGGAGAAAGGGUAUCAGCUGGGUCCGGGGCGAGGGCUUCAAGGACUGGAGCAUCGAAGAGGAGUCUGAGGACGAGACCUUGUUGGAGAAGACCGACUAGAGUGCGGUGUGCGAUUCUGCCCUGCCGUCGACGCCGCCUACGCCUUCUGGCUCGCCAGAGAAUUUGGCCACGAGGUAUCGAACAGCCCUUCAGGUGUGGGGUGAGGUGAUGAUGCUUGAUUUUGAGUCGGACGUCGAGUCUCCGGUCUAUUCGGCGCCUUCGACGGUCUCGAGGAGCGAACUGAGCACAAUCGAGGAGGAAAUUGGCGAUGAAGACUUGCCCUCCAGCUGGGGCGCGCCCUUAUCAUCAUCACCACUCAUGGGAGUGAGUAUGAAUGAGAGAGCACGGUGCUUUUGUAAAUGAACCCUGUACGCUUCCGUGUUGCUUUAGUUAUGAGGCCAUGGCGAGCUUGUUAUCCUUGACAUUCAUGUUGUAUCAAUGGCGACGAG